AUGUCAAUCUUUACCGACGAAGCCCGAAAGAUCCUCGGUCAUCUGACCACGACCUUCACAGCUCCGGAAGCAUGCUGGACACCGGCCCAUCACACCGUGUUCAACGUGGGCUGGUUGGGCCAGAGGUGCGGGCCGGAAGACGUCCAGGAUAACGCCGACUGCUGGCCGCCGACGACAACAGACGCUCCGAGAACCAACUCGGCCUUCUACGGCUGGGGAUUUUACUCGCCCGGCCUUCACUGCCCGGCGGGCUAUGUGUCGGCAUGCACCGCCAGCGCCACCUCUCAGGGUUGGCGCGUACAGUACCGGAUGGAGCCAGAAGAGACCUUUGUGGGCUGCUGCCCAGAGGGCUAUGCGUGCCACAACGAGAACGGCCAAACCUGCAUCUCGAAUGCUCGAGCCACCACCAUUUCGACAUAUCAAUGCGAGAGCGGAAGCCAGAUCAAUCUAGCUCCGAUGACUCUCCCCAACAAGAACUGGUCCCAGGCGUAUAUUUAUGCACCCAUGAUCCAGCUCGCAUGGAAGCCCUCAGACCUUCCCUCGUCAGCUAUUUCCUCGGACCCAGGACCGACCAACACAUCAGCGCCCGAGGAGCCUUCCAGCGGUGGCAUCUCGAGUGGAGCGAUAGCCGGCAUUGCGGUCGGUGCUGUUGCGGUGGCAAUUGCCAUCGUGGUUGGCGCCUUUUUGCUUUGGAGGACGAAGCGUCGUGGAUUGGCCCGCAGCGGUACCGACUCAACAGCAGAAUUACCUGUCACUGAGGCAGGGACACCUCCGCCCGGACCCGUCGUUUCUGGGCCUGGAGAGAAAUACUAUUACUCCGGCCAGCCCGAACAACAGUUGCACCACGGUAUGAAGGAGUCACAAAUGACGACUUACGAACUUGGACAGACGCAAGCGCCAGCCGAGUUGAGCAGUGACCGAUGGGAUAUAGAGGGCAGGGCGGAAGCUCCCGGUCCUGAGAUUGCUCCAAGGGAGCUGGAAAGUGCACAUGGCACCCCGCCAGCCGGCCAGCCAGCCGCGUUGCACAGAGGCACGUGA